AUGGAAUCAAAGCAUCUUGUGCGCCGAUAUAUAAAUUAUUAUAUUCUUUCCAAUAGAUUUCGCGAACUAUACGAGCAGGAUGGAAUAAACCGUACAAGAAAUUUACAAAAUGAAGUAAAAGCAAAAAUACUCAAUUACAAACCUGUAGGACAUAUUUCGAAAUGUGGCGACUCUCAAUCCUUCAAUUGCCUCCAUGACGGCAUUUACGACAAAGAAAUUUUUCGAAAAUGUUUGGCCAAACGUAGUUCAGUAGAUGAAGUAGGACAUCUUCACACCCAAGACCAAAAACAUCAAGAGACAUAUCUAAACAUAAAUUAA